CUCGUCCAAAAGGCUGCUGCAAUUAAAAUACGUAUCACGGCUCGUGGUGUAAAAACAUUGCAUUCAGCAGCACUCGAUAUAGGCCGAGUUUAUUAUCAUUCAGUACGUCUGGCUUGACACGCGUGUUUAGGGAAGAAUGUGGAACGAAAUAUGGACACUUGUAUUGGUUACUGGUUUCAUACCCUUAAGUGAAAUGGCAAUGCUACGGUGUUUUCAAGGGUCUAUGGAUAAUUACGCAACAUUCUCACUGGAUGACCCAACGUCUUUACUAAAAUCCACAUGUUUCGAUAAAUCUCUGCCUACCGUAGUGUAUGCAUUUGGAUACACAGGGAAAAUCACUACUCCGUCUACUAUAGCUAUAAUAAACGGUUACAUUGACACAAAGAAACGAAACGUCAUCCUUCUAGACUGGGAAUGGGAAGCUCAACGUGGAAUUCUCGGCAUAGCUUUGAGUUACGCCAACAUUGCAAUACCCAAUAGUAAAUGGGUAGGUCAAAAGCUAGGCGCGGCAAUAUUAAAACUUUAUAAUGAUGGGCUUGCAAUCGAUACCCUACACCUCAUUGGUCAUUCACUUGGAGCGCACCUCAUGGGCUACACUGGAAGAUGGACUCGCGAGCGUGGAGUGGUCAUACCAAGAAUAACAGGCUUGGACCCAGCUAGACCUUUCUUCGAAGGGAUUUUAGCUACUCAAACCGGAUUAGAUCGAACCUGUGCAAGGUUCGUAGACAUAAUCCAUACGAAUCCUGGACAUUAUGGUACAACCCAGUCUGUGGGUACAGUAGACAUCUGGCCAAACUACUCCUUAAUUGGUUUGCAACCUGGAUGUCCCAUAGGAUUACAUCGUAAGCUCAGUUGGGAUGACCUCUGCAGUCACACUAGAGCCAUCGAAUAUUUUGUGGAAUCGUUGAAGAAUGGAACUGAUUUUCCUGCAGUUUCAGCUAUAUCAUAUUACAACUGGGUUACAUUUUACAAUCCUUCAAACGAGAUCAUUUAUUUAGGCGAACUAGUCAACAUUCGCUCCCAGGGGAAUUACUACUUAUCAACAUAUGGACAGUCUCCAUACCAUAAGGGCCUAGGUGGAGUUAUCCCCCAACUAUACAAGUGAAAACGAAGACAUGUGUCAGAAAUGUUAAGUUUAAUGGGAGUUCUAGAAGCAUUGAUUGGCUUUUGAUAAGCGAAUUGCCCUAAUGUAGAACAAUGUGAAUUCGGAAUAUUGAUAUAGGUAUGGAUUUCGAUUAUAAUAAGAUUAUUUGUCUGUUAGCAACGCGUAUUGUGAUUUAAUUUUUAAAUAGAAAAUUUUGGUUCUAAGGAUCAAAACUUAUAAAUUUAGAUUGUUUAAUGUCAUUACCAAAGGAAUAUUUUUGCCUUUCCGAUAUUUGUGCCAUUAAUUUAUGUAUUUUAUAUGUAAAAAAACUGUAACAUAUUUAAUAUUGAACCAAGAAUUAUAUACAAAGUUAUUAAUAUGCCCUUAUUCAUAAAAAUCAGUGUAAUUGCACCGUUUUAAAGUUACUCGUCUACCCCUUUUUCAAAGCGUAAACACAAGUUGCUAGAAAGAGACGCGAUAGUAUGUAAGUUAAGGGUGCAAUUAAAUUGAUUAAGUUAAUAUUAUUAUUUAUAUAUUAAGGGUAUGUUUCACAAUGUAAGGAUAAGUU